AUCAUAAACAACACAUCCACCAAUCGAGGACAUCCCUCGUCCAUCUACCACCCGCCAUGCCCGCCUAUCACUCCGUCUUCCUCGACGAACCCAACCAACAACUAAUCGGCAACUUCGCCCUCCUCCCCCUCCGCACCCGCACUCGCGGUCCCGCCCAACAACUUCCCGCCCUCACCUCCAGCACGGAACUCGACAUCGACCCUUCCAAUGAAUCCUACGACCCCCUCGACGAAGUCCUCUCCCUCUUCCGCGCCAACACCUUCUUCCGCAACUUCGAGAUCAAAGGUCCCGCAGACCGGGUGCUGAUCUAUGGCAUCUUAUACGUCACCGAAGCGUUGAACAAGAUUCGGCCAAACAUGGGACGGAAAGAGGCGGAGAAGGCGGUGAUGAGUAGUGCUUUGGAUACGAAUUUCGCGGUUCCCGGUGAUGCGGGGUUUCCUUUGAAUCAGAUGUUUGAAGCACCGAGGGAUCGGAACGAGGCGGAGGUUUUGAGGCAGUAUGUUAUGCAGAUGAGGCAGGAGUUGGCGGCGAGGUUGUUGAAUCGGGUUUAUGCGGAUGGGACGGGGGUGCCGAGUAAGUGGUGGCUCAGCUUCUCGAAGAGGAAGUUCAUGGGCAAGGCGUUAUGA